UGGAAUGCGAAGAGCUCCAUCUACUGACGCAGGAGGACACAAACCACCUUCCUCUUUACAGAACCGCUCUCCACUCCAGACGUAGGCUUGGACAAAUGUCUUGGCCAAUCUCAGAAGAUGCUUGCUGUUCAAAAUAUGAAACCCCUGCGAGUGCAGGUCCAUUACGCUGAACAGAGAGGCCAUAAAAGCAUCAGUAGCUCUGACAUAAAGCUGAUGGAUUAUGUAAUAAUGCUUCCUGUAGAAGGUGGAUCUUCAUUCAUCAGCUACAUCUGCAACUGGCUUCUGGAGAAUGAAAGCCUGAGUGCUCCAGUCGCAUCGCAGACCUUAAUUAGCAUCAUAGAGAGGCUGAGCCAGAUGGAUCUGGGAUGCAGAGACUCUUUCAAGACAAAUCCUCCCAAAGGGUCUUUCCUUUUCUGGAACUAACAGCAGAACAGUGUGAAGAGGCUUCAUGACUACCACAGCCAAUCCAGGACUACCCUUCUGCAGGAAGAACAUCCAGGGUCUGCCAGCUGACCACUGUGCAGUCUUUGACAAGCUUGUCUACACUUACCGCAUCUUCAGGGAACACCAAGGACAUUUUAGGAUACAGACUUCUGAAGGUGUUCCACAGAAGGUAUUCAGAACGUUAAAAGACCUCAUCUACACUUUUGAAAAGCCAGAUCAAGGACUAGUAAUAAACCUCCGCUACCCAGUAAAGAAGCCACAAGACUCACAAAGAAGAUGGAGGCUCAAGUCAGGAAAUGACACCAUUUAUGAUGAAAUUGAUGACAGUGAGUACGUCUCUGUCCUACCCUGAAGGAUCUGUAACCUGGCACAACAGAUGAGCUGCGAAGAGCUGCCAGCUGGGCAUUCUCUGCUGUGGAUCUGUACCUCUGCCAUCAGCCUCUCCCUGUAGCAGACUGCUUAAAAUGCUCUAAGCUCUGCUAAAUCUCUAAACUCUUAUUUUGUGCACGGUCCUUGUCACCUUGUUGGAUAAGCAGAUCAUAUUUCAGCUAUGUCAUGGAAUACUAGUGUUACCCUGUGGUAUGGAAGAACCCAAACCAAAAAGGUUGUGUUAAAUCCAUGCCAUAAUUGAUCAACAACAUGAUUACAGUUCAGAAUAAUUUAAAUCCUGACAAAUAGCUCUGGUAGAUUGCAAGAGGAGUGCAAGCUCUACAUGCACAUCUGUAUGAAAACACAUCCAUACAAGAAUCCAUCUCACAUUUAAUUUGCUGCUGCCAUUAGCUCUGUAUUAUAAUGUGUAUGAGGCUUGAGUGUUUUCUUUUUUCAGUGCAAGAAUAUAUUUCAAUCUUACUUCUAACUUCAAAUAUUUAACAUACAGCUUUGUUGUGAAGGUGGUCUGCAACUAGCAGCCAAAGCCAAAACUGGAACAGAUGUUACGGUUCUCCUAGUUGCUAUUACCAACUCCAACCCUGUUUGUGAUCUUCAGGAAGACAGUUGUGAGUUUAAGAUGUUUCUCAAAUCAGUUAUAUAUUUUAGUGGGUGAUACUAGCUAUCCUCCUAUCACAUUUCUUUCAACCACUAUUUGUUAAAGGACUUGUAUACUUUGGACUUCACUAUGAAUUUAACAAUGCUAAUAAUUUUUGGUGCCAGGCUCAACUGAUACUUCUAGCAAGGAGGAGACAAAAAGUAAUGUUAUUUAUUAACUCUGGUAUUGCCAUCAAUGCUAACAUACAUCACGGAGUCACAGACUGCAUUAGAUUGCAGGGACCCUCAAAGGUCAUCUUGUCCAGCCUCCCUGCAGUGAACAGGGACAUCUCCAACUCGAUGUGCCCAAAUAUCAUGAAUUAAAAAUAAAAAGUAAUUGUCCCUGUAAAAUAGUGUAAGUGGAGAAGCAACCGGGAGAGAGGAGGGAGCCAAGGCAGAAGGGGCACCUAGCUGCGGGGCACCUAGCUGCAAGGUUGCUGUGGGCAAGAAGGGCAGCAGCAAGGUGAACUCAGGGAG